AUGGGGAGACGGAAGAUCGAGAUUAAGGCGAUCAAGGACGACAGAAAUCGAUCUGUUACUUUCCUCAAGCGCAAAGGCGGCCUGUUCAAGAAGGCCCACGAGCUCUCAGUCCUCUGCUCCGUCGAUGUCGCUGUCAUUAUCUUUGGUCACAACAAGAAACUAUACGAAUACUCAUCCGGCGACAUAAAUGAGACAAUCGAUCGAUUUCACUUCUAUGGUGGCGCACAUGAACACAAGGGCCCUGGAGACUUCAACGGAGGGGGUAUGGACGAUGAGGACGAUGAUGAGAUGGGCACACCGCCGCUAGAAGAUCCAAUGCCACGAGAGCACAGUCUUCCUCCACAUCUACAAAACGCAACGAGCUACAUGAGAAACGCAUCUCCUCCUAUCCAAGUUGUCCCAAAUGGCGUCCCAUACCAAAGACAGCAUACCCCUCAGGCUCAAAUGAUUUCGCGACCGGGAUCGAGAAACAGCAUACCCAAUGUACGCCGUAUGAGUGGAAGCGUUGGUCCAGGUCCCUCCCAUCUCCAGCAAGUCAGCCAAGCCCCCCAAGCUGCCAAUGGCUAUGCCUACACGCGACAGCCUCCAUCAAUGUACAACACUCAAGCGGCUCAAGGCAUGCCAGUCGCACCCCAUCACCCUCAACAGCAAGCCCAACAAGCCCAGUAUUACGGUCAACUCCAACAAGCAGCUGCACCACAUGCUCAAGUGCAGCAGGCGUACUUGCAAGAGCAAAGAAGACAGUCAUUACCGCCUGCAUUCCCCCAGCACGAGCGCCAACAGCAGCAGCAACAGCACAUGCCCUCCCCACCACAACCCGAACGCGAGCCGUCUCAAGAUGAUCAAUCGAACCGCCUCCAACAGCCCCAGCCAGCCAAAUCCCGAAGCAUUUUCACCCCCAUUGACGAUAGUCGAUCACUGUUGGCUCAGCAUUGGGGUAUUGGCAAAAGUACCAUUGAACCCAAGUCGGACAUAAAGCGCGAAAACGACCCACACUCAGAUGCACGAAACCAAGCCUCAAAGCCUACACCUUCGUCAAGGUUGCAGAGAGAGGCUCCAGUUCCUAAGAGAACAAACUCGAUAGAAUUCCCUCCCCCCAUCGCGAUCAAGCACCGCCCAAUCGAACGCGAAGAGACCGAGGCUCAAGUUACCACUAGUGAUACACCAGCGAAGAGCACUGAAGCAAGUCAUUCUUCCGGUACCGGUGUUGUCUUACCACCUCCAUCGCCAAGUGCGAGCGCUAUACUGAGCGCAGGCGCAUCUGGUCCCCCGAAUCCAUUUGCUCGGCCGCAUCCGCCAGGAGGGCCUUCGCAAGGUCAAUCCUACAGCAGUAACAACAACAGCAUUGAAACCCCCAUAUCAGCAUUGCCAUCACGAUUUGUCGCUGACGGCUUACUCCCCUCGCCAUCAUCCUUCUACCCAGAAUGGAAUUUUGGCCGUUCGGGAGGCGACAGCAACCUUCUCCCGAGCCCCCUAAACCUCCAAACACCGGUGAUGGGUGGAUCAAGUUUUAGGGACGAGGAUGGAGACCGGAAGAGGAAGAGCCCAGACCAGGAGGGCCAGGAAGCGGCCAAAAGGGUCAAAACGUGA